CGGUCCUCCCACCAACAUGGCAAUUUCCAACAUAGGCCCACGCUCCGUCACGCUGCAGUUCAAGCCUGGAUAUGACGGCAAGACUUCCAUUUCCCGUUGGCAGGUGGAGGCUCAGGUCGGUGUGGUCGGAGAAAACGAGGACUGGGUGAUGGUCCACCAGGUGUCCAACGAACCCGAGGCUCGCUCCUUAGAAGUGCCUGGACUCAACCCGUACACCUUCUACAGGUUCCGUAUGCGUCAGGUGAACAUAGUGGGAACCAGUCCUCCCAGUCAGCCCUCCAGAAGGAUCCAGACGCUGCCGGCUCCUCCUGACAUGGCUCCUGCCAACGUCACCCUGCGCACCGCGAGCGAGACCAGCCUCUGGCUACGAUGGAUGCCUUUACCUGAAUGGGAGUACAACGGGAACGCGGAGCAGGUGGGAUACAGAGUUCAGUAUUCCCGUGCCGGCUCACUGGGCCGAGCGCUGAUCCACAUCAUCGCCGAUCGCCUGGAGAGAGAGUUCACCAUCGAGGACCUGGAGGAGUGGACGGAGUACGAGGUCAGGGUCCAGGUUGUCAACGGCAUCGGGACGGGACCCUGGAGCCAGCCGGUCAAAGGCAGAACCAGAGAGUCUG